UGGGAAGUCACAUUGCUCACAAAGUCUUUGAUAACCUCACGGAGGCACUCUCCAAAACCGAUCUGAGGAGCCUGAUAACUGAAGAUGGAGCCUGGAAGGGAUUUGUGAAAGCAGCAGAGUUGUCAAGAGAGGAGGAAGCUGCACUUCGUGAUGCUCUGAAGAAAUAUUUCACACAGAAGCCCUCAGGUGAAAAUGAUGGGCCUCAAAGGGAGCAGCAGAAAGAGCAGUUUCUGCGGGAGUUUCCUCAGUUGAAGAAGAAACUUGAGGACCAUAUCAGGAAGCUCCGAGAGCUGGCUGAUCAUUUUGACCAGGUGCACAAGAGGCACACCAAGUACAAUACAAUGUCCAGUGUUCUUAGUGUUUCCUCUGGAGUCCUGGAGCUUUCUGGUUUGGCUCUGGCACCCUUUACAGCAGGGACCAGUCUGGCAUUCUCAGCAGCCUCUACGGCUCUGGGAGCAACAUCAUCUGUGAGUAGUUUCGUCACCACCAUUGUGGAAAACUCAAACAGAGUGCCAGAUGAAUGUAAAGCCAGAUAUCUGAUUGGAGACAGCGAAAUCUUACUUAAGGAUAUUUUAAAGAUCAUGCCUAACAUCCUAUUCAAACUUGGUACAGCAUGCAAGGAACUUGUCGAAGACUUCAAAAAACUCAAGGAUCAGAUCCGAGCCAUCAGGACAGUCAGAUCCAUCUCUCGCAUUGGAGCAGAGGCCAAGAACCUCGCAUCCACUGGAAGAAGUUCUGUGCAGGGUGUCCUCCCAGUGGCCAGAGGAGCCAGGAUUAGAGCAGCAGGGCUUGCAGGUGUGUUCCUUGCAUGGGAUCUGUAUGACCUUGUGAACCAACCAAAGGAUGGGGGAGAAACAGAGUCAGCUAAAGCACUGCGGGACCUGGCUCGAAAGCUGGAGGAGAACCUUCAGAAAUUUGAGCAGAUGUACAAGGAUCUGCAGUCAGACCUGCCUUAG